AUGCCAUCAGCCUCCGCCUCCCCUGCGCCUGCACAACCCUCUCAAGAAGACGCCGCGGAAUCAGCAGAGCCUGAAUCCCCUGCCGCGCCCUCUCGUUCUGCCGCAGCUCCCGCUCGACCAAGACUCACGCUAGCCCCUGAAGAAGAUUUCGACGACGAAGAUGAGGAAGACGGACUGAACGAGGACGAUGUCAUUUCACGAAUGCAGGACCUUGACAAGACAAUGAUAGAUCUGCAGUCGCGCAUCGACGAGAUCAUCGCCAAGAAAGAGCGCGAGCGCGAGGCUCUCAAAGAAGUUGUUUCCACACCGGAACUGACGCCCGAGCCAGAGUCCGAGCCAGAGCAGGUACAAGACGACGAGCGGAUGACUCUUGCAACUGCGAGCGAGACAAAGGAAGAACUUAUCCAGACAACUCAAAAUCAAGCUGAUGUCAAGAUGGAAGAUGCGCUACCACCUCCCGUGGACCGCCGCAGCAGAGAAGCAGUGAUUCCAAAACUAGUCACCGAAGAGCCCCUCAAGUACCUCGCCAACCCCCCGCUCAAGCUCCUGACAGAAUACAGAUUCUACGCGCCAAACAUCCGCUCGUUCAACAAGCUCCGGCCGACAAUCACAAGCGUGAUCCAAGGCAAACGCAAACGCGAGCACGAACUAGGCCGCCAACUCCAGCAGGAAUACAAAGUCCUGUACGACGCAUGGAUCGCCAGCUGCCGCGCGCUCGACGCCGAAAUCGCGGCCGCGUCAUCAUCGUCCAAAGGUAAAUCCCGCGACAGCUCCAGCGCGGCAGGGCAACCGAGCAGCGAGCCCGCUCACGACGAAGAAGACGAGGAAUCCGGCGUUUUCAGACGUGCGCGCAGAUCGGUCGGCGACGCGGUCCGCAGCGAAGCAGAGUUUAUGGAAGUCCUUGCCUCGCUCGAACGCGAAGAACAGCUCGAUCCUAAAAACCGCGCCAAGCUCACGAGCGCGCGGAUUCCAAACAUGAUCCUGGAUGAGCACGACCGCAAGCGGCUCUACGUCGACACAAACAACAUCGUCAAAGACCCAAACAUCCCACUCGAGCGCCUCGUCGUCGACGGCGUCGACGUGUUUACAGAAGAGGAACAUCGUCUGUUCUGCGAGGGCUACAAACUGCAUCCGAAACAGUUUGGCUUCAUCGCCAGGCACAUGGGGUACACCCGCACAUUCGAAGAAUGCGUGCUGCAUUACUACCGCACCAAGAAAGAAGUCGACUACAAAUCAAUGGCGAUCGCAGGCCGGCGACGCGGCCCGGGAGGCCGCAAAGGCCGCAGAAAAACUCGCGGCGGCGCACAAUCCGCCGGAACCUCUGCGCCGCGCGCUGCAAAGCCGCGAAAACAGCCACUCCUCGACGGACCUACUGUCGACAACAGCGGUAAUCGCACCGGCGAUUCGACGCCGGCGGAGGAGGUCGCGGAGGUCGCGCCGUCGUCGUCGUCGCAUGCUAGGCAGUCGUCGAAUCGGAUGCCGGAUGAGGAGAUUGCGGCGCUGCUUGAGCUUGGAUCUAGUGGUCGACCGCGACGGGCUGCUGCCCCUGUGUUUGGGGAGAAGAAGGAUGGCGGGUUUGAGCAGCAGCAGCAGCAGCAGCAGCAGCAAUUGCAGUUACAGCAGCAACAGCAGCAGACAAAGACGAAACGCGGGAGAGGAGGAAAGAAGGGUGUUGUCGGAAAGGGACGGGGAGCUGUCAUGCAGAAUCAGGGCGAGGAGUAUUCUUCGGUGCCGGCUAUGUCACAGCAAGGUCCUGGAUAUGAUCAAUAUGCUCAGCAGCAGAUGUUGCUUCAGCAACAGCAGCCUAUCUACCAAUACCCACCGCCAGCUAUUCAGCAACCUGUACCUCCACAGCAGCCCCAACAGCAGCCACAGCAAGGGUAUCAACAGCCACAACCCGUCGACCAAAUCUCGCGAGACCUAAAAGAUCGGGAAGUAGACGCGAUCUCAGCCCUUGCCGGCCUUUUCGGCGGCAUAGAUGGGUUCCCGCCCGCAGAAGGUGCCGCCGCGCAACAACCCUCCGCGCCACAACCGCAACCGCAACUGCAGCAGCCGCAGCAACCGCCUGACGAAGCUGAUCAACGAGCAGAGAUUGAGAUGGCAGCCACGGCGGCGCAGGCGGUAGAACAGCAGCGGAUCUACGAGCAACAGCAGCGCGCAUACGAGCAGCAGCAGCACCGCGAGCAGGUUAUCAAGAAACCCGAUGGCGAGAUGGUGAUGAUGAUUGACGGGACUCUCCGUCCUGCUGUGUCGCCGUACGGCGUCCAGCAGCAGCAGCAGCAGCCGCAUCAACCUUCAACCUCGCCGCAGUUGCAGCACACACAGGUCUCUGCGGGCGGCACAACAAUCACGACCACGCAGCAAUCAAGCGGCUCGGGAAGCUCGAAGCGGAACAACCUGAUUUCGAGCUACUGGAGCGUGCACGAGAUGGAUCUGUUUCCGAAAUUGUUGCAGAGCUAUGGGACGCAGUGGGAGGAAGUGUCGAAGCAUUUGAAAGCCAAGACGACGACGAUGGUCAAAAACUACUAUGCGCGCAACGCCGAGAAAUUCGGCUGGGACAGAGUCACGCACGAGGCAAACAUGCUCAUCUCGCGCGGUCAACCUACGCCCGCUCCGCCAUCGCAGCCAGUUCCCGUCCGCAAGCGCUACGAAGCGCAGCAACGUAUCCAAGGCGGCGACGAGGAAGAGGACAGCGGGUCGUCGUCUACGAUUGCGCGAGCUGGCGAUGGAGCCUCGGAGGAGAGACAGGGCAAGAAGAUGGAACAACAUCAGCAGAGCGCGACGGCACCGUCGUCGACUGCGUCGUCGAGUCAGGUGUCGCCGAAACCUGAACCGGGUCUGGUCGCGCGGCCGUUCGAAGCGGUGCCUGCACAGGCUCCAGCGCCAGCAGCUCCGGCUCCUGCUCCGGCUCCUGCUCAGCGAGGUCCGCGAUUGGGAUUUUUCAUGGACACGGUCGUGAAUAAUCCGGUCGUGGCGCCGGUCACGCAAGCGGCUGCUAGCGUGGCGCCUCCUGCGUCAGCAGCAGCGCCGGUGCAUGAUUCGAGGAUGGGACUGGCGAGUAUAAUGUCGCGAUCGUCAGGGCCGACGUCUGAAGCUCCUGCUCCUGCUCCUGCUCCCGCUCCUGCCCGAGCGCCGCCAAAGAUGUCGAAUAUCGCAAACCUGUUGAACGACGACGAGCCUCCGGAGAUUAGAACUCCUUCGUCGAACGCUCCUCGUCCACAAGCUAUGCCAGAGAUCUCACAGGCGCCGGCGCAGUCGGCAGCAGCACCGGUGCAGCCGGGUCAAUGGAGCAGCCUUGCUCCUUCAUCCGUCUUGCACCACAAUCCCUCUCCUCCCGCGCCGCCUCCCCAGCUACCAGGCCUGCAACCAGGCUACGCAGGCCAGCCUUCGCACUCUCUUUUCCCGCCGCAAUACCCCGGCGCAAAGGGCGUAGUCACCCCCGCGCCUCCGCCACCGCCGCAGUCGCUGUUCGGAGGCGGCCAGGACGUCAGCGCGCCGCCGCCGCCUAUGUUCCCACAAGCCAACCCGAUGCUGCCCAAUCCGUUUUUCCAGUCCCGACCUCCUCAUCCGCCUGGAUUCUUCCAGCCCGGUCCUCCUCCACAACAACAACAACAGCAACAGCAAGGCCAACAGCCGCAGCAAGGCCAAAGUCCUCGUCUUUCGUCGUUGAUUAACGGCGGGAAUCUGUUUGAACUCCCGACGCCGUUUAGUAGUCGCGAGAGUAAUGAGCGGGGGGUGUAG